GAAAAGUAUUGUGCUAAAAUAUCGGGCACGGAAUCAAUACGAAGUGUUCAAACGUCCACAGAGAAUUAUUUAUUCACGAGUUGAAAUAAAUGUAUGCUUCAUGAUGCGCAUUUAAAUUAUAUGUACAAAUAAUUAUGGCGAUUAUUUGCAAUUCUCAUUUGAUAUAUUUUCUAUUAUUGUUGAACAAUAUAUAUUUUUAUAAGUUAAUUGGUGGUAAGACAAACUAAGCUGGGAAGACGAAUAUGGACAUGACAGGUCACGCGCUGGGGGAAUGAGUUGUAUCUACGCAUGCGUGGUCACGUGGCUCGAUAAACAGGAAACACUUGUGGUCUGGAUGACAGAUACUUUGAAACGUGGAUAUGAGUUUUCGUGCUUUAUGGAUUAUCACACACGAGAAAGGAGAGCAGGCGACGAUAUGUUUCUCAAGGCGUUACCCCACAGUGGAACUGCGGGCAAAAGCCUAUGCAGGGGAGAACUACGUGGCUGUCCCUGAAGACACUGCUAUCCUAUGCCCCCUCCUGACUGAGCUUGGGCUGACGGAUCCUGACAAAGCCUUUAUGGUCGCCCGGGAUGACUGUGCUCGUUCCCAGCACUCCCCUGCCUUGGAGCUGCGUCUGGAGGGUCGAGAUGGUGGCGUCCUGUGGCCUCUGUUGACUAUGGCUCAAGGUGGGCUGAUCCUGGCCUGUCUUCCCCUGGUGGAAGCUCCCCUUGAACCUCGGCCUCCUCUCCCUAGCCUGGCCUCUGUGUCCCUGGGCCUGUCUUUUUUGGAGGGCCUGCAGAUUUUCCUGAGUGGCACUACAGGGAAACUAGAGUUGGAGGCCCUAGCAUCAAAGUUGGCUCUCCUGCCCACUGUCCUGCUGCAGGUGUGUCCCCUAGGAACCCCGAGGGACACCCCGCAGGUGGGCGUUACUGCCCCGCCGGGCCCCGCGGGGUCUCAGAAACAGCCAGCCUGGAAGCCUGGCCUGCAUCGGGGACGGGCCAUGGUAAAUGUGGCCGUGAGCGAGACUGUGCGGUCCAUGCAGUAUGGCAGCCCCACCAUGCAGGACCAGUGGGAUGUCUAUGGGACUGUGACCUGCAAGUGUGAGGUAGAGGGGGUCCUGCCCAACGUGAUGGUCACCCUCUCGUUACCCCCCAACGGCUCCCCGCUGCAGGACGUGCUGGUCCACCCAUGUGUGACAUCGCUGGACUCCAGCAUCCUGACUGCCAGCAGCGUGGACGACGCUGACGGCUCCUCCUUCUCUGGCCCGUACAAAUUCCCCUUCUCCCCACCCCUGGAGCCCUUCCGUCUCUGCAGUUACACAUCCCAGGUGCCCGUCCCCCCCAUCCUGGGCUCUUACCAGCUGAAAGAGGGCAGCCACCUGGGAGUGACCCUGAGCCUCAAACUGCAUGAGAGCGUUCGCAACAGCUUCGAGUACUGCGAGGCCCAGCUGCCUUUCUUUAACAGGGGCCCUUUGAGCAAUGUGGACGUGAAGGUGAGCUCCGGGCAGCUGGAGGUGUCCAAGGAAAAGAGCAUGCUGGUCUGGGUGCUGGGUCAGAAGUUUCCUAAGAGUCGGGAGGUUUCACUUGGGGGCAGCAUGAGUUUCUCUGAGCAGUUGUCAGGACCGACUGACCCGCUUUGUACUGGCCUAACAGCCUAUGUUAAACUGUGUUUCCGGGUGCCGGACUUGACCCUGUCUGGCUGCUCUGUGGACCAGCAUUCAGUGCAGGUUUACUCAUCUGCGAAGCCUCGUAUCACCACCUCUCGUGAGCUGGUGUCCUCCGAAUACUACAUCUGGAACUGCACUGGCGACGCCCCCGUCUCCUCAGGGCUUGCUGUACUCUAGGUUUCCCUCUGCUGGCUGGAUGACUGAAUGCACUGGGAAUGACUGGGGAGGAGCAUUGCUUGGCGCUGCUGCAAAACAGAAUGCACUGUUUCUGCACUCAGAUUCAGCGUGAAUGAGGAAAAUAACCGGAUCUAAGAACCUUCCCAGCAUGACGGCGGCCGGCGCUCCAGUGCUGCUGUGUCUGAAAAGACCUCGAUGUUUUCCAAAAUGGAAGAAAAUGAGCCGACUUUUUAUACCAAGUUCUUGGGCGGACUGGUAGAUCCGCGUCUCAUCUACACAUUAGCAGCACUAACCUGUUGGUUUCUAAUGACCCUCCUGCUUGUCUUCUGAUGGCAUCGGCUGCAGAGGAAGCCGGUAUUGAGCUCCCCUAUCGCACUAAUGGACACUUUCAGACUGACCCAACGGCACAUUUUUGGGUCAAUGUCGGUCUAGGACAUUCACUGUAUUAAUGGGAACAAAACAUCACUGCACAGGGCUGGUGAAGGGAGGGUAGAUUCAGACACGCUGUUAGAUUAGACUGUAUAGUACUGGGUUGACCUUUUCUUCUGCAAAAUUAAAUGUGUAUGUCUGGUUUUGACAUCAUGUCUCGAUUAAGGAGCACGUUUUCCGGUGCUGUGGCCCAUUCAGCCGAUCCGGAACCUUAAAUUCUCCCUUGUCCCGUCCCCCUGCUCACACAGACUCACUUCAGUGCCUCUCAAUCAGCCUGGUAAUUAGCAGCCAGGGGCCCCGCAGCCAUUUGGAGUGGGGGGGCGGGGGGGGUGACCGGCGGAGGGCUCGCACCCUUGAAGGAAAAACUUGAUGGGGAGGGGGCCCUCAUCAAAGCCACAAAGGGCAUGUCUGGAGCUCUGGCGGCCCCCGUCCUGUUCAUCUUCAACUAGCCAGCAGCCCAAGGCCCUUCAGACAUACUGCCCUGCUGUGCUGGGGCUCUCGCUGUAGGCUGGAGGGUCCCGUCGCUGAGUGGCUGAAUGGCUAAUUGAGGCGGCAGAUGUGAAGGAGGACCUGAACGAUGGGACAUGGUUGUGUGUGUGUGUGUGUGUGUGUUAGGUUUGUAUUACAUUGUGGGGACCAAAUGUUCCCCACAAGGUAAUAAAAACCUGUUGUUUUGACGUUGUGGGGACCAUUUUUCAGGUUCCCAGAAAGAUCUAUAAAUGAAAUCAAACUAAAAA